GAUAAGAACACCAGGGCUGGAUCAGGUCCGAGUCCAGAGUUCAGAGAAUCUAAUAAAACCAGUGUUUACCGGCUGAUACUAAUGUCACACACUUCUGGAGGAGUGUGUUCCUGUGUUUCCUUUCCAUUUACACACACACACACACACACACACACACACACACACACACUCAUCCAGGUGAGACCGCAGACAGGUGUGGCUGCGACCCUGGCUGGACAGUCACUGUAGAAGGAGCAGGAACGGGAGUGUGUGACUGAUGUUCUGAUCUUCUGAUGUUCUGAUGGGUCGUGUCGAGUCUGGUAAUGGAGAAGAUCUGGAGGAGAAGAAGAUCUGGGCCUCUGUUACGUUACUGUCUCUCAGCUCUUCUUUCAUGUCUUAUCUGUCUGAGACUUUCAUCAGCUGACGAUCUCGCGCCUGAAGAUCCUCCUGCGGCUGAAAGCAUGUUCAGAAGCUGUGCCCAGAGCGCUCUGCAGCACACAUUUGGUCCUCUGUCUGCACCAUACGCUUCUCGAAUUGGCUCUCACAGCAUCACCCUGAAUUGGACGCCUCUGAACUGUUCUGAUGUGAUCUACAUUCCCCAGUGGACCGGACCCAGACAGGCUGGAGUGUGGACACAAAACGAGAAUGUUACAGAGGCUUGGUACACGGUGGAGAAUCUGCAGCCAUUCUCACUGUAUAAGUUCAGGAUCUGGGCCGUGAUCUCAGAGACGCAGAUCUGUUCCCCAGAGAGCCCCCUGUACAGAACCGAGUCAUACGGAUUGCCCUCCAGUCCUGUUAUUGAGAGUGUUGGGAGUGACAGUGGGGAGAGUGUGGAGGUCAGCUGGUCAGCUCCAGAGAGUCCAGGAGGAAUCAUACUGGGCUACAACCUUAAUCUAACAGCGGAGACACACAGCCUCACUGAAGCCACAGGGGGAAACGUCUUCUUCACUACCUUCUACCCAACACUGUACAACAGCUCCUACAGACUCUCCAUCGCUGCUGUGAAUCGUGAAGGUCAGGGAGCGGUGGCUGAAGCUAAUGUAACCACACCACCUCGACUGGAACAGAGCGGAGGCCACUGGGUCUUCGCAUCCAGGCUGAAUUCACUGAGGAGACACGAGGUGCAGGCAGAUUUUUUCACUGCAGCGGAUUGCCUGCCAGACAAACUGAUAGAGGGCAACAUCACAGGAGUGUCUGUGUAUCAGGAAGCAGACCUGGUCUAUUUUUCGGAGGGAAAUCGUAUUUGGGAAAAGGGAGCAGGAAAUCUGACCAAUGACUCGGACCUGAGAUUGGUCCACUCGGCCGGGGCAGAAAUCACCGCCCUGUCUGUAGACUGGCUCUACAGGACUCUGUACUACAGUAUCUCCAGUGGCCAGGUCUUCUACUGUAAACUAGAUAACUGCUCCUCUGCGCUGGACUUUAACCUCUCUUUACCUGCUGCUCCGAGAAGACUGAUAGCAGAUCCAUAUAACGGGUGGCUCUUCUUGCUCCUGCCGGAUGGAAUCCACCGCGUAUCUCUUCCAGAAGUGUUUGGACACACAGAUAACCUCACUCUCGUGGUGAAGACGGACUCUGUGAGUGACUUUGUGGUCAGUUUCCCCAAUAAGAGGCUGGUGUUUUACAGCAGAUCAGACCGCAGACUCUCGGCCGUGUCUCUGGAUGGUCUGCUGCUCGUCACUCUGCAUUCUCAGAUCGACCACGAUGCUCAGAGCCUGGCGUACGAGGACGGGCUGCUGGUGCUGACGGAUUCAGAGAAAGUGUAUAAAGCCAUGGGAAAGGGGGAGGUGCCCGCUUUCAUGGAGUUCUCUAUGGACUGUGAUAUAUUUGAGCCCAGUUAUGGAGGAUUUGGCAACCUCUGCUUUUCUGGACCUUUCUCCCAGCUGUACCCGCUGCCCAGACGGCCCAGAGGCCUGCAGGUUCUGUUCGGAUCGGAUAGAGCUAGUGUCCUCUGGAGCAAACCAGAAACUGCUAACGGAUCAAGUCCCUCAGCCUGGCAGGACUGGACGUACUGUGUGAGGUGUUUGGUUAAUGGAUCAGUGUUUAAGGACAUCAGCAACAUAACAGAAACACACACCACUAUUCCACACCUACAGAGUAGCCAACACUAUUCCAUCAGUGUGUGGGCCAGUUCUCCUGAAGGACACUCUCAAACUGUGGAGUUUGAGGGAACAACACUGCAGGCAGUGGAUGAUUCUCCAUACAUAGUUGCUGCAUCCCAUAAAGGCCUUUGGAAGCAGGAGCUGGAUAGUUUCAUCUUCCAUCAGGACCUGGACUCUCGUGUAAAAGAAGUGAAAGAUAUGGACUGGUAUAAUGGAACAAUCUUCUGGACCAGCAGUUCAGGAGACAUUAGCUGGAUGGAGCUGGAUGAGCACUCUCCGGAUCCUAACGUGUUUAUAGUUCCUGAGAGUAUGAAGGCGGACGCUGUGGCGUUUGACUGGCUGGGUCAAUAUUUAUACUGGAGCUGCAACACCAGUAUGAUCUGCAGGGGAUUAAAGUCUGGGAUGGAUGCUGAAGUGUUUCUGACGGCUAAGCAGAAAGUUGAGAGUCUGCUUUUAGACUCACCUAAUGCUGCCAUCUACUGGAGCACUGAGACCACCGUGGAGGUGUGCCGGCUGGACGGGGAGAACCGGCAGCUCCUCAAAGAGCUGAGUGUCUUCUCUGGGAGAAAGAUUGCUGGAAUUGCUGCAGAUCUAGCUGAGAGGAAUCUGUACUGGCUGGAACAGGACGGCUCCUAUAUACACCUUUACAGAGCGGAUAUCAGCAGUGAGGGAUCUCAGGACUCCAGAGUGACGCUGUUUCUGAGGUGGAGCUCCUCUCAGGUGUUGAAUCAGCAGCUGGCGUACUACAGCGGGCGGUUGCUGUGGCUGGGGGAUGAUGGGGAGUUGAGGAUUCAGGAGGUGGAUCAGAACAGAACCGUGUUCAUGUCUCCCAAUAACACCCUGACAGCGUUUACUCUACUGCAGCCAACACUCAAACCUCUGCCAGAUGGAUUUGUGUCUCCUCCUCUGGUGAUCCCACCAGCAGUUCCAUGGCCGUCUAUCCGCUUGGAAGGAAAUCACACAGUGUUUAAAGUCCUGUGGGAGCCCAGCAGUGUGGAGUUCGGCACAGUGAUGUACUGUGUAGUUUCUACUGAUAUACAGCCUUACCAUCCAGAAAUACAAAAGAUUUACUCUACGAGAUACUGUCUCCCAUUCAACACCUUCCCUGAACCUGUUAUACAAGUGACAAAAUUCAAACCCAGCAGCAGUUUUAAUAUCACCAUAACUCCAUUUACACUGUGGGGCAGAGGAGUCUCCACAUCUCGUCUGCUCCUCACACCAGGACCAGAUCCUCCUGCAGAAGAUAAUAAGCAGUUGAUCAUACUGAGCGCUGUUAUAAGUGUUCUUGCAGCCGUUAUCAUCAUCGUUGGAGUGUUUAUUUUCUCCAGAAGACGCAGAAGAAAGGCAGAUGAGAUGAACAGCCAGACCAGUUUGUUCCACCAGGAUAAAGAACUGGAAAAUAUCAGGGGAUUAGUGGGACUGGGAAACGCCUGCUACGCUGUCAGUGCGCUGCCGGUCCAUAAGGAGGUGGAGUCUCUGCCGGUGUUUCGGCGGGAGGGUCUGAAGCUGCUGAAGCUUCUGGGCAGUGGAGCUUUCGGGGAGGUUUAUGAGGGAGUCGCCGCUAGAGGGCAGAGCGGUGACGCCACACCUGACCAAAGAGUCGCUGUAAAGACGUUGCGUAAACACGCCGCUGAACAGGAGAAAAUCGAGUUUCUGAAAGAGGCUCAUUUAAUGAGUCAGUUUAAUCACUCGAACAUCCUGCGGCUGCUGGGUGUGUGUGUGCUGAACGAACCACAUUACAUCAUCCUGGAGCUGAUGGAGGGGGGGGACCUGCGCUCAUAUCUGAUUGGAGCUCGGCCCUCCAACAACCGGGGUCAGCUUCUGGACCUGACCGGCCUUCUGGACAUCAGUUUAGAUGUGGCCAAAGGAUGUGCUUAUCUGGAGAAGCUCCAUUUCAUCCACAGGGAUCUUGCUGCGAGGAACUGUCUGGUUUCAGUGAGGGGAUACGCUGAUCCUGAGCGGGUGGUGAAGAUCGGAGAUUUCGGUUUGGCUCGGGAUGUUUAUAAGAGCGAUUACUACAGGAAGAGAGGGGAGGGUCUCCUGCCCGUCCGCUGGAUGCCCCCCGAGAGUCUGACCGACGGCAUCUUUAAUAAGCACUCGGACGUGUGGGCGUUUGGUGUGCUCCUGUGGGAGAUCAUGACAUUAGGGAAGCAGCCGUAUCCUGCUUUCUCCAACCAGGAGGUUCUACACCACGUUAAUGUAGGAGGACGACUGCCUGCUCCUGCUGAGUGUCCUCAGAGUCUUUAUGACGUGAUGUUGGCGUGUUGGAGGAAGCAGCCCAGAGAGAGGCCGAGUUUCCGCUGCCUUCACACCACUGUGCUCAAACUCAGAGAGACUGAAACCUUCAGCCGGGGAGGGAAAACCGGCCACAUGAACGACGCCUACACAGAGGACGAGGAAGAAGAGGAGGAGGAAGAGUGUAGAGGUGAGGAUGCAGACGAGGGUUUGGGAUCAGGACUGACUCAUGUUCUCAGCAAUGAAGGCCUCAACUACCUGAUGUAUCGAGCUGAUCAGGCAGAAAACACAAACAGCAGCAGCAGCAGCAACAGCAGUCCCACAGAUUACUUCUCUACUACAGAGGACAGAUGAAAAAAGGAUAAAAGGACUGACCAAAUAUAUAUUUAGCCUGUAAAUAAUGAAAAGCUUUGUUUAAUACUGGACUUUUUGACCCUCAAACACUUUUUAAAGAGAAUUGAACAUGCCACACGCUCCCUAAGUAUGUAUUUGUGCCUAUCGAAUGUUUUCUAAAAUGAAUUAAACAUGUCAGACACUCCCUAACAUUUUCUCUUCAUAUGGGAUGCACUCUAAAGUGAGCUGAACAAAUCAUACACUCCCAAAAAUAUGUUUUUGUGCUUAUCAGAUGUUUUCAAAUGUAUGUUAAACAUCAGACGCUCCCUAAAGUAAUGUUUUAGGAAUAUUGUUUGUUGUUUAAUGUUUUUGUGCCUAUUUCAUGUUUUCUCUGCAUGUAUACUAAAGUAAAUACCUACGAUAUGUUUUCGUGCAUAUUGAAUGCUUUCUAAAGCAAGUUGAACAUGUCAGACACUCCCUAUGGUAAAUAUGUGUUUUUCACUGUCAUGCUUUCUAAAAUAAGAUGUUUAACACUACCUAAAAUGUUUUUUUAAGUAAAAUAUUCUUUCCAAAGUCAUAUGAACAUGUCAGACCAAGAUAUAAGUGUAAUUUAGAACAAUCAAAGAAUGUAUAAAGAUGUAAUUAUGAUAUUUUUUUAAUAAAAUGUGGACACCCAUGUUUAAAUAUAUUUUCAUUUAUAUGUCAGAAAUGUUUUAAAAUGUUAAAAUGUUUUUUUUUAUAUAUUUCUAUCAUACAUUUAAUUUAGUGAGUUGAAUAUAACAGAUACUCCCUAAUAUAUAUUUUGUUCCUAUUUUCCUAUUUGCUUUCAAAAGUGAUUUGCACAUUUCUGAUACUCUUAAAAGUAAAUAGUUUUAACUGUCAGAUGCUUUCUAACAUGUCAGACGCUCCCUAAGCUUGGUUUUCCUACCAGUCAGAUGCUUUCCUAGCUGACUUAUACAUGCCAGACCCUCCCUAAACUGUAUGGCUUAGUACCAGUCAGACGCUCCCUAAACUGUGUUUUUUUCUGUCAGUCAGAUGCUUUCUAAACUGACUUGAACAUGUCAGGCGCUCCCUAAACUGUCUGUUAGUUUGUACUAGUCUGCAGUGACGCAAAUCUGAUUUUUUGCUCAAUGUGGCUCAGAUCAGAUUUUUUUAUAGCUGUGUGAACGCAUUUUUUUUUUUUUCAAAUCAGAAUUGAUUCACUUUGGCUACUGUGGUAGGCCCCUGGGGUUAGGGGCGUGACCACUGUGACCCGGAAGGAGGAAGCUCACAGAGAUACACAGACACGGGGAUUAAAUGAACUCAAAUCAUACCUUUUAUUUGCUUUUAACGCCCUCCACCACACCCAGAAUAACUCAAUUAAACAUAGCUACCGCCCAGUGGGGCUCUAGAGUCUGUAGAGUUACGUAGUUUACUUUUACAUGCUACAUACGAGUCCGUGCAGCCUCAGCCCUCAGCUCCCCAGUGUAAGAGUUCUUCCCAAAUGAUGGCGGAGGCUGAGUAUAUAUGCCUGUCUCAACUGGCGGCUCAAUCAGCCCUCAUGCGGGCCAGCUGAGACAGGCAUGGCUUUGCGCUCUGGCGUGGGGCGGACCCACAACUCCCCCGCCUCCUCACGCCACACUACGUUUAUAUUACAAGUCACAUUUUGUGAAAUAUAUUUUUUUCCUAUAAGCAUAUAUAAGCGAUAUAAGCGUAAUGCAGGGCACUCAAAGAAUGUAUAAACAUGUAAUUAUUAUAUUUUUGUAAUAAAAGUGUGGACACUCA